CACAUCGAAGAAGAAAUCUCCCACAGUGCGGAAAUAGAAAGGGGGAUUCCUGGUGCAAGUUAGCUUAGCGCUGUCGCUUUGACAGCUAGCUACAUCAGAAGAAUGUCAGAACUAUCACUGGAAAUUAUUUCAUCAGAUUUUAAUAGAAAUACAAUCUAGAAGUGGUGUCAGUUGCGGAAAUACGCUUGGUCUGCCACAGUCAACCCAGAGCUUAGUUAGCUAACGUCAGCCUGAUUAACGCCAACUAACUACGUAUACAGAUAAAAGCAGCAUGGUACAGCCCCAGACAGACACCUGGGACAUGGCGGGGGACGAGGGAGGCGGGGCUCUCCGGGUGCCACCCGAACUGGCAGCCAAUGAGGUGGUGACCAGACUACUGGGAGACAACCAGCAGCUCCGAGAGGCGUUGCAGCGCAGCAACCAGGCCCUGCGUGAGCGCUGUGAGGAGAUGGAGGAAUGGCAGCGGAGGUCUAGAGAAGAGCGGGAGUUCCUCAGCUGUCGUUUCCAGGAGGCCCGGGCGCUAGUGAAGAGACUGACCAGGGAGAACCACAGCCUUACCAGCCUGGCCAGCCCCUCGAGCCCCUCCAACCCUGGAGCGAACCAAGACCUGCUGGUCAACGGCCCCAGUUUCAGCCAGGACUCCUGCCCCAACUCCACCAACUGCAGCUCCAAUGGGGGUCCUGGGAGAGGAGAGGAGCAGGAGAAGAGUUCAGAGACCAACGGAACCACGGCAACCUCACUGGUGACAGAGAGAGGGGUGGAAAAGAAGGGAGCAGAGGAGAAUGAGCAAAUGAUGCUCCACAGCUUGCCCUCAGAAGGAGGGAACGGGUUUCUCCAGCUGCUGAAGAGCCACAAAGAGAAGUUGGAAGACGGGAUGAGAGAUCUGAGGAGGAGGAAUGAAGAGCUGGAGAAAGAGGUGGAGGAGGGAAAGCGGGAGAGAGACUGUCUUCGUCGCUCAGUUGAGCAACUCGAAUCCAAGCUGGUUCAGGCGCAGAGCUGUGGUGUUACCGAGGAAACGGUUCAGCAUUCCGAUGCACCGCCCCCAUCUGACAGCUCCCACCUGGCCAAACUCACAGAGCAGCUGCAAGCCACACAGUGCAGGUACAGAGAGCUGCAGGAGAAGUUAGAUACCCUCCAGAAGACUUCAGCUCAGAGAGACAGAACUGAAGUGCUGCUUAAACAGAAGGACAAGGACUGUGCCCAGCUGGCUAAGGACGGCGAGGCGCUGAAGGCCCAGGUGACGUCUCUUCUGGGUGAGCUGAGAGAGAGACAGAGCUGUCUGGACCGGAGCCAGCAGGACCACAACAUACUGGACGACAAGCUGAGCAGUACUCGGGAGGCGUUGGCAGCAUCAGAGAGAGAGAUGGAACAACAGAGGAAGCAGCACUCUGUGACGGUAGACAAACUACUGCUGCAGACACAGAACCUAGAGACCGCCCUGAAGACUGACCGCAUGGUUAUUACUGAAGAGAGGAGGAAGCUCGCCCAGCUGCAGCACGCCUACACCUGUCUGUUUAAGGACUACGACUCUAAACUAAAGACUGAGGGAGGAGACAUGGUUGUCCGUCUGGAGGAGGCAGAGAGAGCGUUGGCUCUGAAACAGGACCUGAUUGACAAGCUGAAGGAAGAGGUGGAGCAACAGAGAGGAUCUCUAGAGACCGUCCCUGUCCUCACCGCCCAGGCUGAGAUCUACAAGGCAGACUUCCUGGCGGAGCGGGAGGCCAGAGAGAAGUUGAACCAGAGGAAGGAGGAGCUUCAGGACCAGCUGAACACAGUGCUGGCUGAGCUGGAGCGUCUGAAACAGGAGGGGACCUCACGGGCUCGUAUGGAGGAGAUGCAGCAGAGACACCUGGAGGAUUUCCUACCACGACCCAACAUCACCCCACAACCAGCGUGGGAUUGGCUGCAGGAGUGGCAGGGGGUGUCUCUGGAGGCGGGGCUGAAGAGCUUCCUGACUACCGCUGUCCAAAGUGCCAGUACCAAGCCCCCGACAUGGACACACUGCAGAUACAUGUUAUGGACUGUAUCCAGUAACACACACACACACACACACACACACACACACACACACACACGUGUAAAUGCACAGUCACACACACUAGUGAUGAGCGGAGUCAGCUGUUUGUUUGUUCACCCCGCCCGACUAUAUGUGAUAAAGAUCUGAGGCCAUCCACCCGCUAAUACAGAAAAUGCUCUGAAGACGAUUUUUGCGUGUGACAGGCCUUUUUUUAGGCAACGUUUCUGCUUAUUACCAACAUGUGCUAUUUGUUAGUCAACUGAUGUGGAAUUAGAUUACAUGCAGCUUCUCUCCUGUCAUUAGGGUUACACGUUAACCCAGAAGACUAAAUAAGCCCUUACUCACCAGAAUGUCAUGAAUCAAUACUUCAAUCUACUUGAUAUCGGUAAAGUUUCGUCUUCUCUUAAAUCUCUGCUUCUGUCACACAGGAACGACGUUUAGGGACCGGGGAGAAAAUGCAAUAAUCCCCCCCCCCCCUACCCCCCCCCCAAAAAAAACAUGAAAGAUUUUCUGUGCAAAAUUUCCAAAUGGAAUCAGUUUGACCAGUUUUAAAGAAAAUUAAAAGCUGCUAUAACAACCAAA